AUGACAACCGUGCUGGCAAAAGACCCUGUGAGUAAGGGCGAUUAUGGACAAACAGUGAUCUCGCUGGAUGGCGCACCCCCUCUGGGGGCACCCAUUGAAGAAAAGCGAUUUUGGUUUCAACGCGAUAAGUCCUACGACCCGUCUGCGAUCGCCAUCCAGAUAAAAGGUGUCACAAACAUCAUGUGUUUAUCGUGGGCUGAUGAUUCUAAGCCAAGUGUUUUCGAUGACCCGGGUUCCGCCCAGCAAUAUCAUCCACGACCUGACUGGGAGAACUAUCACCGGUUUGAUCCACUGGCUAGAUGGACCUGGACAGAAGAGUAUGCCAUAGUGCGCAAGAUUGAUUUCAGGAUCAUGAUCUGGGCCUGCAUCAUGUUUAUGGCACUUGAACUUGACCGCGCCAAUAUCAGCCAAGCGAACACGGAUAACAUGUUAGGAGAUUUGGGCAUGACAACCGACGCUUCGGAUGGCCCCUCCACGAGGCUAAAUAAUCAUUCAGACUUCAAUCUUGGCAAUACCGUCUUUCAGCUUGCAUUUCUCUGUUCUGAACUUCCAUCUCAGCUAAUAGUGUUGUGGAGCAUCGUCGCCAGAUGCCAAUUUUGGCUGAGCGGAAGAGAUUCCUUCCUUACUUGCCGAGCACUAUUGGUUUUAUUACAGGGUGGUUUCAUACCUGAUAUAGGAAAGAAAACUCUACGGUGUCUGUAA